AUGUUUCAGGAUGUAGUGAAGAUGGGUUUCAAUAUGGAUCAAAGUGUUGCCAACUUUGCUUCUAAUUCAUCUGAGAUCCAAAAAGGAACUGAUACGGUGAAAGGAUUAAUACCAACAGUUUUGAAAGCUCAAGAUGAACUUUAUAAAUCCACCAAGCUCUCUAAUGCCACUCAGGACGAGGAAGUCAAGAAGGCAAUGACAGUAGCCAAGGCAUCUGGUGAAGUCCUUAUAAAAGCUUUGGAUGCAAUUGCGGCCAGUCCAGAAGAUGCCAAUGUGAUAAAGACAAAUUACAAAGCCAUGGCUGAAGCCUUUGAGAAAAUCAUCGACGGCAGCGAAAGAUUAGCUGAGGCUGCUGACCCUACCCCUCAAUUGAAUGAGGAGGGAAUCUUACCUCAAUCAGCAAAUCCAGAUGGCAUCGAAGCUGGAAAAGAAUCGAAUUCUGGAAAGAAAUCUGAUGAGAAACAAGCUCCCACUUCCAGGGGAGAGGUACUUGAAACGGGAAAAACUGAUGUUGAACAAUCAUCAACUCCUGAAGAAAAAUUGGCUGAAUCCACAAAAGGUGAUGUUGAACAAUCAGAUACCAAACUCACUGGACAAUCAGACGUAUCAGCUACAAGGUCUAAAGAAGAAGUAACUGCAGCGUUAGAUGAAGCAAGCAGAGGAUAA